AUGCAGGACAGCUCAGGACACCGCCGGUCCGGCCGGUACCAGAUACCACCCGAGCGGCUAACCGAGCUGUUCGGCGCGCAGUUCUAUCGCUUCUUGCCGGGCCUGGACGCGUCGGGCCGCUCCAGGACAAACGACCCGUCUUCCUCGGAGGCAAGCACUCAUCCUUGCCUUGAACGCGCUCAUUGCCGCAGCUACAGUCACCGUCAGGCAGCUACAGGUGCAGUUUUACAGUUUGCCUGGGUGACCUUUCGUCUGAACUGCCCAUGGUACUGGGCACCGCUUUGCUCUUCAUCACCGCAGGAACAGUCGUCUACGGCGGGAUCUGCCGACACCAGGCAGCUGUACAGCGUCCAUCUUCCCACGCUGACGUCUGCCUCCUCGCUGAUGGCGAGAAGUGAAGAGGGCGCCCUGGAAGCCCACUCCAGCGAAGGUCGCCUACUGAUGAAGGGGCGCUCCGCGGAAUCACUGGCCAGCGGAUCGGAGGCGCGCACGAUCCACGCCUCGACCAGGGCCAUGCUGGCGAUACGCCGGAGCCGCAUCCUGGGCAUGCCGAUUGCCUACUACGCGCUCCUCAUGGGCAGCAUGGCGCUGUGCGCCUUCUCCUAUACCUACGCAUCCAAGACGAUGCGCGAGAGGAGCGCACACAUCCCAGGCCACGCUCACAUGGCCGCCAAGAAGGGACAAGCCGCCUUGCUCAAUGUGCGGGUCCCGCAGUCCUCGUCGACGGGCAAGGACCUCGCGUACACCACGUGGCACCAGCAGCCACCGAGUGUUCGCGCCCACGGCGGCCGUCGCCGCCACGCGAAGCACUCGGCCCGGAAGAACAAGAGGUCCGGGCGGCGCUCCCACUCCGCCGCUGCCACCGAAGCUUCGACAAAGGCCGCGGCGGAGGACGUGGACUUGACGCCGGACAACGUGCCGUCGGCUCACUGGGAGCCGCCGUUCAUGGAGACGACGCCCAGCGCCGUCGAAGACACGGCAACGAUCACGUCCGACACCCGCUUCGCUGCCGUCGGCACCGAUCGUGACCGGCGGCAGCAUCGCUCAAAAUGGAACGUUCAACUCAUCGGCGAACCUCGACGAGUACGAGGAAGUGUUCGAGUACUACUACGUGUACGACGACAACGAGACGUCGGCAUCGAGCACGCAUCUGCCGGCACAAUACGCCGACCUUGCCAUUCCAAUAAACCGAUGAUGCUCGAUGCCUGCUGGAUAGUCAUUCACUAG